AUGGAUAAUGGAAGCUGGCAAUUCAAGACACGGUACCUAGCACAGUAUAUCCCCUUGUCACAAGCAAAGUGCAACCAAAAGGUCGGACGUUCCUCUUCCCCCUUCCAGGGCUCCCCCCGCCUCUCCCCGCCAAGGUGUGCCCAAUCGAUAGUUAGCCUCAGGGCUCGGGAACCCCCAAAAUACACCCUAUUGCCUUGGUCAGGCCCCUUAUCUUCGACAAGAGAAUCCCAGAGAAUGAGCUCCACACCUGCCACGGGCGUGCCUACCAUGGCCAGAAAUGGCCCACCGACGCUUGAGAAGAAGCCGGUCAAGUUCAGCAACUUGCUACUGGGUGCUGGUCUCAACCUGUUCGAGGUGACAACUCUGGGACAGCCGUUGGAGGUCGUCAAGACUACCAUGGCUGCCAACAGGUCUGAAGGCUUCGCGGGAGCUAUCGGCCGCAUUUGGGCGCGUGGAGGUGUUUUCGGGUUCUACCAGGGUCUCAUCCCAUGGGCCUGGAUUGAGGCCUCCACCAAGGGCGCCGUCCUGCUCUUCGUCGCUUCCGAAGCCGAGUACUACGCCAAGUCCUUCGGCGCACCCGACUUCGUUGCUGGUAUCUCGGGCGGUAUGACGGGUGGUCUCGCUCAGGCAUAUGCGACCAUGGGUUUCUGCACUUGCAUGAAGACGGUGGAAAUCACAAAGCACAAGGUCGCAGCCACAGGCGCGAAGCCCCCUGGCACCCUCGAGACUUUCAUGAACAUCUGGCGCACAGAAGGUCUCCGCGGUAUCAACCGCGGUGUGAAUGCCGUCGCAGUGCGCCAGGUCACCAACUGGGGGUCUCGUUUCGGUCUGUCCCGUGUCGCGGAGCAGGGUAUCCGAAAGGUCGGCGGCAAGGAGCAUGGCGAGAAGCUCAGCGUGAUUGAAAAGAUCACUGCUUCGGCCCUCGGCGGUGGUUUGAGCGCAUGGAACCAGCCUAUUGAGGUGAUCCGUGUUGAGCUCCAGUCCAAGACGGUUGACCCCAACCGCCCCAAGAACCUAAACGUUGCUUCGGCUUUCAAGUACAUCUACUCCAACAACGGUAUCAAGGGUCUGUACCGUGGUGUUACUCCCCGUAUUGGUCUUGGCGUUUGGCAGACGGUCUGCAUGGUCGCUCUCGGAGAUGUUGCCAAGGAGGCUGUCGAGAAACUCACUGGUGACAAAGUCACCGCAAAGCAUUAG